AUUGAUUUGCCAUCAUUCUGAUCAGAGCUAAAACAACCAGAAUUCUGCGAAGAAAUUAGAGAUUUGAUUCAAUGGGGAAGAAGGCGGUGUUGAUAGGAAUCAACUACCCAGGCACAAAGGCGGAGCUGAAAGGGUGCAUAAACGAUGUGAAGAGAAUGUACAAAUGCCUUUUAGAACGCUACGGAUUCUCCAAUGAGGACAUAAAGGUGUUGAUAGACACCGAUGAUAGUUAUGCUCGGCCCACGGGGAAGAACAUCAGAAGGGCUUUGAAUAGCCUGGUGAGAUCGGCUAAUCCUGGGGAUUAUCUGUUUGUGCAUUACAGUGGGCAUGGGACAAGGCUUCCUGCUGAGACUGGGGACGAUGAUGAUACUGGCUACGAUGAGUGCAUUGUGCCCUGCGAUAUGAAUCUCAUCACCGAUGAUGAUUUCAGAGACUUGGUGGAUAAAGUCCCAGCAGGUUGCCGCUUAACAAUCGUUUCGGAUUCAUGCCACAGUGGGGGGCUAAUUGAUGAGGCCAAAGAGCAAAUUGGUGAGAGCUUCAAGGAUUCAGAAUCAGGAUCUGGGUUCAUGAACUUCUUCCACCGAACUGUGGAAGGCGUUGAGUCUCGUGGAAUUCAUAUCCCUUCUAAAUUUCGCCACCACCAUAACGAGGACAAGGUGGAUGACGAAAUAGAGGUGGACUACGAUGAUGGUGCCUAUGUGACAAGCAGAUCUUUGCCCCUCCCGACUCUAAUUGAAAUGCUCAAGCAGAAAACUGGCCAAGAUGACAUUGAUGUCGGGAAGCUGAGGCCAACUCUUUUCGAUGCAUUUGGGGAAGAUGCAACCCCUAAAGUGAAAAAGUUCAUGAAGAUCAUUAUGACCAAACUACAAGGUAAUGAUGAUGGUGAGAGUGGUGGGUUCAUGGGGAAGGUUGGUGGUGCACUACAGUUCCUUAAAACAAAGAUGGAUCAUGACGAAGGAUACGGAAAACCGGCACUCGAGACCAAAGUGAGAAGUGCGAAAGAUGCGUAUGCAGGAGCAUCUAAACACUCUCUUCCCGACAGUGGGAUUCUUAUCAGCGGCUGCCAGACUGACCAAACUUCGGCAGACGCCACCCCGUCGGGAAAUCCAAGCCAAGCUUAUGGAGCACUUAGCAAUGCCAUUCAAGUCAUAAUUGCAGCUUCAGAUGGCAGAGUUACUAAUAAAGAGCUUGUGCUGAAGGCAAGGCAGAUGCUUAAAAAACAGGGUUUCACUCAGCGCCCUGGCCUUUACUGCAGCGACCAUUAUGUUGAAGCUCCAUUUGUCUGCUGAUAGUUUUAAAAAUAAUCUUCUGUUGCUAUUGCUACAGAUACAAAUAAUUCCCAUGGUUUGCUCAGAUAAUCGUGGUUGAUGAAA